AUGGCAUUCCUACGCCAGACUUGGACACUGACUUGCAAGAACUGGAAGAUUGUCAGUCGUCAUUCUAUUGCCGCCAUAUUCAUCGCACUUAUCCUGCCGAUUGCCCUGACGACCUUUUUCAGUUUUGCCAAGAACCUUUUUGUCCCACCGUCUACAUAUGGUGUAUCUGAUCCAAGACACAUUCGCGCACUCCCGGAUGCUCUCAACGCUGCAUCCAGCGCCGGUAGAGAGACGGUUGUGUUUGUCAACAAUGGUCUCGCCGGCGGCGAUAUCGAUAGAGUCAUCGAAAUUCUUGUCGAUUCCGUACAGAGUACCGGCAAGACAGCCCUGCGCCGGUCAUCAACGGCUGACCUCGGUACCGACUGCCGAAGCAACCUCCGGGGAGUUUCGACCUGCUAUGGCGCUGUUGUCUUUCAGGCCUCUCCUACUGAGGGCCCUGGCGACUACUGGAACUACACUCUUCGCAGCGACGGCGCGUUGCGAUCCAUGGUCAUUGACGUUGACUCGGACAGAAACGAUGCCCAAAUCUACCUCUUGCCGCUGCAACGCGCAGUCGAUGCCGCUAUCGCCUCCGUCCAGGCGAGUUCGGCAUCUGGACAAUCCUCGCAACUUCAGCAACGUUCGUUGCCCGACCCUGUCGACGAGUAUCCUUUCACCAGCAUAACUCAAGAGGAGCGCGCCGUUCAGAUUCGCAUCAGAUAUCAAAGCGCCAUCACCAAUUGGAUGGGUGUUGCAUUUAUGACCAGCAUCAUGUUCGUCACUUAUCAUCUCACCGGAUUCAUUGCGACCGAGCGUGAGAGUGGCAUGACCCGGCUCCUCGAUGCCAUGAUGCCCGUCAAACGCCGAUGGCACGCUCAAGCUGCCCGUAUCGUCUCCUAUCAUCUUGCCUUCACCGUCCUCUAUCUCCCUGGCUGGGUAAUCGGCUCGCUGGUAUUGCGCGCGGGCGUCUUCGCCCGGACCAGUGUGGCCACUGUUUUGGUUUACCAUGUUCUCAAUGGCAUUUCCAUGGCCUCCUUCUCUAUUCUAGCAUCUUCCUUCUUCAAGAAGGCCCAGAUCAGCGGUAUUGCGGCUGUUCUCUUGAGUAUAAUACUCGGCAUCCUCGCGCAGUCCAUUUCUUACCCCAACACCGCCGCCGUCGGCAUUCUCAGCCUUCUCUUUGCCCCGUGCAACUACGUUUAUUUUAUUACAUACAUGGCCCGUUGGGAGGCUCAAGAUGCCCCGACGAAUCUCACCAAAGUUGCACCGGGGAGCCCCUGGGAACUCACUGGAAUUGUGCUCUGGAUCUACCUCAUAAUUCAAAUCUUCGGCUAUCCCUUACUUGGAGCUUUUAUUGAGUCUAAACUACACGGCACUACUGCUAAAGGCAGGAACAUUGUACUCGGCUCGACUGAAAACCCCGAAGAUGACGCCGCUGUACGCCUUGAAGGCUUUACCAAAAUCUACAGGCCCUCAGCUUUGCGUCGCUUGUUCUCCUUCAUCUCAACCCCUCGCGAACCCGUCGUUGCGGUCGACAAUUUGACUUUGAACGUCCGCAGAGGCCAAAUCUUAGCCCUUCUAGGUGCCAACGGUAGUGGUAAAUCUACCACUUUGGACUCCAUCGCCGGUACCAACAAGCUAACAGGUGGCUCAAUCACUAUCGAUGGGACUGGCGGGCUGGGAAUAGCACCUCAGAAGAAUGUUAUGUGGGACGACUUGACGGUUGAGCAGCAUAUUCAGAUCUUUAACAGGCUCAAGUCCCCUACAAACCUUGCAACUAAACAAGAGAUUCUUGACCUGAUCAAGUCUGUUGAUCUCGAACUGAAACGGAAAGCGAUGUCGAAAACUCUGUCUGGCGGACAAAAACGAAAGCUCCAGUUAGGAAUGAUGCUUACAGGAGGGAGUGCAGUGUGUUGUGUGGAUGAAGUUAGCAGUGGCAUCGACCCUCUCAGUCGGCGAAAAAUCUGGGACAUCCUAUUAGCUGAACGCGGACGGCGCACCAUUGUCCUCACUACGCACUUUCUGGAUGAGGCUGAUCUCCUUGCUGACCACAUCGCCGUUCUUUCUAAAGGCACACUGCGUGCUGAUGGAUCGUCAGUCGAGCUAAAAGACAGACUUGGAGGCGGAUACCGAGUUCAUGUUCACAAGGAUACUGGAAUCAAGAACGCUCCUGAGGUGGAGGGUGUUGAGAAGAAGAUCUCCUUCGAUUUUGUGAGCUAUAUCGCCCCGUCUUCGUCCUUGGCUGCUCUGGUUAUCCGCACAUUGGAGGCCAACGGCAUUCGAGAGUACAAAUUCUCAGGGCCUACAAUUGAGGACGUGUUUCUACAGCUGGCGGAAGAGGUCCGCGGGGAAACAGAGAACUCCACACUUGAUACAUCUUCGGAUUACAACGAGAAGAAAGCGACAUCAGACGAGGUUCUUCCUGUCGGCGCUGUACCUCAGGGAGGGUUGCAGCUGCUAGACGGUCACCGCAUCGGGUACCUCAAGCAGGCUGCUGUUCUCUUUCGCAAGCGUAUUACCAUUCUCAAGACAAAUUGGGUCCCUCAUUUCACAGCUUUUAUCCUUCCUGUGGCAGCAGCUGGCCUUGUUACACUAUUCAUCAAGGGUCAAAAACAAGCUGGAUGUGCUCCUUCGGAGGAGCGAUCACUUGACCAGAGCCAGGGAUUCAGCCUCAACGAAUUUAGUUGGAAAUUGGUAAUUGGGCCAGCCUCUAGUCUUGAUCUUGCUACUGCUGCUAGCGUUCUUCUCCCUGUGUUCAACGCAGCUUCUGGCAACUCUGGGUCCAGCACCGGUUCUGACCCCAGUGCCGGCUUAGAAUUCGCCCGGCAAUUACUCGAACAGAAUGCUACCUUUGCAGACACAUUUGACGCUUUCAAAAGAACAGUUGUCGAUCGGCGCCUUGAGACAUUGCCAGGUGGUCUUUGGCUGGGUGACGAUACUGUUGCACCUACCAUUGCUUACAUGUCCAACUAUAACGGCCUUCUCAAUCCGUUGCUAUCCCAAAAUUUCAUGAACAUGUUGCUCAGCAACGUUACAGUCAUGAUGACUUGGGCUCCCUUCGCAACCCCCUGGGACCCUGAUACUGGAAAUUCGCUGCAAUUCCUUGUAUACACCGGCAUUGCUCUCAGUGCUUACCCCGGGUUCUUCGCGCUAUACCCGAGCUUGGAAAGAAGACGGAUGGUUCGCGGACUACAAUACUCUAACGGCGUCCGGCCGCUGCCUUUGUGGCUUGCGUAUCUCGCCUUUGAUUUCAUUGUCGUUCUUGCCUCUACUACUCUGGUAACCAUUCUCUGGGCUACCUUAUCGAGCAUCUGGUAUCAUGUCGGUUUCAUCUUCCUCAUAUUCAUGCUCUACGGCUUGACCGCCAUUCUCCUGGCCUACGUAAUUUCGUUAUUCUGCAAAACGCAGCUUUCCACAUAUGCCUGGGUCGCUGCCGGGCAAGCAGUUAUGUUUUUGAUAUACCUGGUUGCGUAUAUGUGCACCGUCACCUACGCACCUGUCACCAAGGUCGACGACUACCUUCUGGUAGUCCAUUUCGUCAUCUCUGCUGUUGCACCAAUUGGCUCAGUUGUGCGGGCCAUGUUUUUGGCGCUCAACCUCUUCUCGACAGCUUGCGACGGACGGGAGCUUGCACAGAACCCAGGAGGGAUGCUCCAGUACGGAGGCCCUAUCCUCUAUUUGGCUUUACAAUCGAUCAUUCUGUUUGCCAUCCUGUUAUGGUGUGACAGCGGCUCUGUUGGCUCAUCAUUAAGGCGGCUAUGGCAGCGGCGGCACAGUGAGGAAGAAGACCCUGCCGCAUCCGAUGAAGAGCUCGCAAACGAGUUGGCAAGGGUUACUACAACACAAAGUAAUGACGAUGGACUUCGAGUGAUGCAUCUCACCAAAACUUUUGGCAGGAAUACUGCUGUAGAUAACGUCACAUUUGGUAUUCAGCGGGGAGAAGUAUUCGCCUUGUUAGGACCUAACGGAGCUGGAAAAUCAACCACCAUCUCCUUAAUUCGCGGGGACCUCAAGCCAAGCCGCAACGGUGGCGAAAUUCUGGUUGAAGACAAAUCGGUCAUUCACAAUUUGCCCGCUGCUCGAGCACAUCUUGGUGUCUGCCCCCAGCAUGACGCUAUGGACUUGAUGACGGUGCGAGAGCAUCUCGAGUUCUACGCUCGAAUCCGAGGCAUUCCCGACAUCAACCACAAUGUCAAUGCCGUUAUUCACGCCGUCGGCCUCCAGGCUUUCUCGACCCGUAUGGCCCACGCCUUAUCAGGCGGCAACAAACGCAAGCUCAGCCUUGGCAUCGCUCUCAUGGGCAACCCUACGGUCGUCCUGCUAGACGAACCAUCAUCUGGCUUAGACGCCGCCGCUAAGCGUAUUAUGUGGAAGACUUUAGCAGCCACUGUUCCAGGCCGAUCGCUUCUUCUCACUACUCACAGUAUGGAGGAAGCAGACGCUCUCGCUAGCCGGGCGGGAAUUCUGGCGAAACGUAUGCUGGCCCUUGGCACGACAGACAACCUUCGUCGCCGCUUUGGAGAUGCGCUUCACGUCCACUUGAUUAGCAAAACAGCGCCACACACCACUCCGGAUGAAACCGAGCGCCUCCGCAGCUGGGUGAAGAGUACAUUUCCUGGGGCUGAGGUGGAGGAAAAGACAUACCAUGGCCAGAUGCGUUUUUCUGUGCCAGCAAGCGAGGUUCUCGGGGCCUUUGGUGGCCCCAAGACCAAAGACAUCACCCGAGCAGAUCAGGAUGUGUCAUCUAGCGCAGUUGGUCAGUUGGCAGUCAUGCUAGAAGAGCAGAGAGAAGUCUUGGGCAUCAUGCAUUACAGUGUUAGCCCGACAACACUCGAUCAAGUUUUUCUUACCAUCGUUGGAAAGCACAACGUCAAGGAAGAAGGUUACAAGGAGUCGGAGAAGAAGCCAUGGUGGAAGUUUAGACGUUGA